AGAGGUUAAUCAUUAGCAGUCCACACAAAAUGGCUAGGUUAGCCUUCUUCUCGGUGGUCCUCGCAGUCCUCCUAGCCCAUUCCGCCGCUGAAGGGGAUAACAUCCUACAGCUGCCCUCCAUCGCUCAAGGGCAUAACAUCCAGCAGCUACCGUGCCAACUUCAGCUCCAGCAAAGCUCACUCGAGGCGUGUCGGCGAGUCGUGGACCAGCAGCUGGCCACUCAGAGCCCCUUCUUCCUCUCGCCACAAGCUCUCACCCCCAACUGGGUGCAGGCGCAAUGCUGCCAGCAGCUCCGGGACAUUAGCCGCGAGUGCCUUGCCACCGCCAUCCGCCAGAUCGUGAGCCAGUACGAGCAUCAAGCCGUGGUGCCACUCGGAGAAGGAUCGUUCCAACCUAGCGAAACUUUUCCACAGCAGCCAGGGCAAGGGUCGUACCUCCCUGGCCAGACUUUUCCGCAGCAGCCAGGGCAAGGGUGGCACCUCCCCGGACAAUCUGUCCCGCAGCAGCCAGGGCAAGGGUGGUACCUCCCCGGCCAAUCUUUCCCACAGCAGCCAGGGCAAGGGUGGUACCUUCCCGGCCAAUCUUUCCCGCAACAACCAGGGGAAGGGUGGUACCUCCCCGGCCAAUCUUUCCCGCAGCAACCAGGGCAAGGGUGGUACCUCCCCGGCCAAUCUUUCCCGCAGCAGCCAGGGCAAGGGUGGUACCUCCCCGGCCAAACUUUUCCGCAACAGCCAGAGCAAGGGUGGUACCUCCCCGGCCAAUAUUUUCCAUUGCAGCAACAUCCAGGAUCCUACUGCCCCAGCCAAACAUUUCCGCAUCAGCAACAGCCAGGGUCAUACCGCCCCGGCCAAACUUUUACUCACCAGCAACAACAGAAGCCCUUUGGCUCCAUUGAACAGGGCAAGCCAGUAGCCGGACAAGAGUCAUCCGGCGAGGCCGCACAACAUCAAGAACAAGGGACAUCCUCCACCAGCGAAGCUUUCCCACCACAACAACAGGGAGAACUGUCCUUCGGUGAGUCGACCAUGAAGCAGCAGCAGGGAAGCCAAGAUCCCUCCCACGUGCACAACAGCAUUUAUCAGGGCGUACAAGGUCAGUACUGCGGCAAGCAAAGUCAGACGGGAUUCGGUGGGUCUUCAUCUCCAUCUUUUUCUGGCACCGACCAGCAGGCAGCCCUCCUGAAGAUACAACUAGAGGUGGUCGCUAGGGCGCGACAGAUUGCAGCGCAGUUGCCAGUCAUCUGCCGGCUCGAGGGCUAGCUAGUCGGUACUAGGCUAGAACUCUCCUUACUCGAAUGUUGCCUGGGCAUGCAUGCACCCCUAGCUUGAUAAUAAACGUGACGUAUGGUCACUGUGUUUGAUGCAAGUAUAAUAAGAGCCGAAGAAUAAAGUGCAACGAAAUGCUUCUCCAAA